GUUCACUUUCGCUAAAAUCUGUGCAACCACCCUCUGCCAUCCUGUUCAACUAGGUCUUCUGACUUUUUAUACCUGGGUAAAGGAAAACUCCAAAGAACCUUGACGUCAAUCGGUCAGUAUUAGCAGACGCGCGAAGUACAAACAAGAGAAAAUGUCAACGAAUUUGGACGAUCUGUUUAAUCAGAUUAUACAUUCUGAACUACAUGCACAACAGAAGAAGAAGUAUCUUCAUGACUUGAAGUGCAGAAUUCAAUCAACUUUAGCAAGAGGAGAUGGGCUACAGAAAAAGUACAAUGAACUGAAAAAGGAACUGAUGUUUAAAACAAAUUUAUUGAUUCAAGAAGAGGUCAAUUUGAACACUGAGGAAAACAAAGAAAAAAUCCUGCAAGAAAAAGUUUUAGCUCUAGAGAAGGAAAAAGACGAUAUUUCUAAAUAUGUAACUGACAUGCAAAACCAGGGGGAGAAAGACAGAGAACUGUUUUGUCAAGUUGUAAGGACAUUUAUACAGAAUUAUGGGUUACAAAGCGAUGGUCAUGAUCGCAGAAAGGAGGAGCAGAAACAAGCCCUGGUGGAGGCUACACUUACUGAAGAUGACCUCAAAACAGAGCUUGAAAGAAUCACCGAGAAAAAGAGAGCAGUUCAAGAACUGAGGGCACAACUUGACAGAGAAAAGCAAACUUCCCAGGGUCUUCAAAAAACAGUGAAAGAACUUGACCAACAGCUUAGACAACUCAGGGAGCAGACUGGUAGCCUCAGUGCAAGGAAGUCGGAACUAAACGCUAUUCCGCACAGAGAUCCAGAGUUCUUAAGCUUGAACAAAGAACUGGAAAUUCUGAACGAGGUUAGCAUGGAGAACAAGUGUACUUCAUUACAGCACGAGCUCCAGCGUCUACAGCAGAUCUGGUGGCAGAAGGAGAUACGGGAACGUAAGCGGGCCGUGACGUCAUCACAACCAAAGGCCUCAGCAAAUGAAAAGUUACCAAUGAAUGAGGAAGAAGCAGGUGUUAACAAAAUGAUAGUAUCAAACUUUCAAAGAGAAUAAAACAAACUCCGAGUUGAAUAAGAAACACUGAGAAUUAAUUGAUAGAUAAGUCAAUUUUUUACUUUAUUCAUAAUGAUUACUUAAGUUAAAUAAUCUUGAGGAACCAAGACAAUUUGUCUCACAUUAGUAUUGAACCAUUCUAAUGAUUUUAGAAGGAAGACAAAUGUUGGGACGAUUCAAACAUAAACCUACAUCUUAAUUUUGUUGAAAAUAAAAAUACUUUCCAUUACUUGCAUAUUCUUGAAAUAUUAUCAUAAUUAAAUGAGUUGUUUUCUUGUUAUAAAAAAUAUGAUGCACAAAAUU